AUGUCCAUGCUUUUGCGUGUGGCCGAGUAUUUUACUCCAGUUCUUAAGGAAUCAAAGUUUAGGGAAACUGGUGUUCUCACUCCUGAAGAGUUUGUAGCUGCUGGUGAACACCUGGUUCAUCAUUGUCCUACGUGGAAAUGGCAAUCUGGUGAUAAGUCCAAAGCAAAGGAUUUUCUGCCAAAUGAAAAACAAUUUUUGGUUACUAAAAAUGUGCCAUGCUUUAAGCGCUACAAAGAUGUAGAGUCGAUGAAAUUUCACGAGUAUCUGAUUGAUGAAAAUGACGGAGAAGGUGGCUGGGUUGAUACUCAUUAUUUCAAUGACGCCAAAGAAGCCGAUGACGAAGUGACUCUGGGUGAAGAAGCAAAGGAAGUUGAAGCUUUUGCUCAAAGUAAACCCACUCCCACCGUUGAAGAUGAUGGCGAUGAUAGUGAAGCUGAAGACAUUGAAAGCUUUGUGAACGAACGACUCGAUGACGAGAACGACGAGGCUGCAAUUGAUAUCACAAAGAUUUCAGAGAAUUUGAACAAGCUCAACGUCGAGGGGAAACCGUCUUCUGAAGAGAGUGGCGUCGUGAAGACGCGCACUUACGAUUUGUACAUCACCUAUGACAAGUAUUACCAGACUCCCAGGCUUUGGCUAGUAGGCUACGAUGAGCACAACAAACCUCUUACAAUUGAAGAGAUGUACGAGGACAUCAGCCAAGAUCACGCAAAGAAAACGGUAACCAUGGAAUGGCAUCCCCACAUUCCCGGAAUGAUGGCUUCAGUGCAUCCUUGCAGACAUGCUGAGAUGAUGAAGAAAAUCAUGAGGACGAUGGGAGACAAUGGCAAAGAGCUAGAGGUCUACAACUACCUUAUCAUUUUUCUCAAGUUCGUCCAAUCUGUUAUUCCAACCAUCACCUAUGAUUACACCCAGAACUUUUCGAUGUAA